CAGCACACAGCUGUCACUCAUUAGGACUGUCCUUUCCAGCCAAGCGUUGACGCUAGUAAACACAAUAUGCUGUCUUUGGCUGGAAUUACAAAGAAAAGGAACUCUUUGGAGUUGUCGUUCAUCUUUUUCAUACUGGUGCCUCACACCAUAUCGCUUGGUUACUGCGACGAUAUUUCCUUCUCAAUAUGCUGGAUGAGCAAGGACGAUGCUCUGGAGAGGCAAAAUGGAAACCUAUGGCUGAAUGGUACAGCACUAAAAUCCAUCAGGAAGGUGGGUAAAGUGACCUCCUUGGCGGUGUCUCCAGCUGUAGAAAACAAGCUAACACUUCAGUAUGGAGACUCUGCUCUGACAUGGACUGUAAGAAUCAACCCAUAUACAAAGUUCACUCAAGUCAGAGGCCGGCAGAAACCCGUACAGCAACCAACAAUUGCCACCGAGAGCUUCCUGGAGUUGAUGAAUCCCACUGAGGUGUUUGCGUGUGAAAGUGGCACAUUAUUCUUCCACCAGGAUGAAAACUUCUUCCUUGCAGUCGGCCACACUAUUCGUCUCCCUGUCAAGCUCGGGUCCAGGUCUCCGUCCAUGUUGCUGGUCUCCUGGGUAGGGAAGCUCCCAGCUGUCGGCAGCAGCCACACCACGGCCCUGUACCACAGCAAACUGGGCUCCUAUAACACUCUCAGCAUGGACACUACCACCAACAACCACUACCGCUUCACAUCUCUGGACUCCUGCAGGCCCUAUGUGGCCUGUGUGGAGAUUGCAGGCACUCACUCCUUCACCUGCCUCUCUUCUAUCACCGACCCAGACAUUCCCAAGGACUUUGAGGUGACAUUUUGGAACAGCAGCAGCAUAUCUUUGGCCUGGAACUACCCUGAGAACCGCAAGUUCUCCCUCUUCCUCCUCACCGCCUUCUACCUCAACGGAACAGACCACGUCAUAAAGGAGGUGCCCCUGUGGCACAAGAAGGACAACUUAUUGUUCAUCUUGUCCGGCCUGCAGCCCUGCACCAGGGUUAAGUUUGGCCUGCAGGCAGUUUGUCAGGCAGGGAUGGAGUACAGCAAGAUGGUCCUGAACGAUGGAAACACUGUUCACUCCAGCAUCGAGGCCUUGUGUCAGACAUCAUUUGGCCCAAACAAUUACACUCUGAGCUGGCAAGUGAGGAACACCUCGUCCAUCGCCACGUUCAGAGUCUACCACGAGGGGGUGCUGCAGGGCACCACGCUCAUCACCAAGUACACCGUGCGGGGGCUGCUGCCAUGCCAGCAGUACCAGGCCACGGUGGAGGCGCUGUGUGGAGACGGAGUGCUCAUGAGUGCCAAGACGGUCACAGCACACACAGGACCUCACGGCGUGUCUGAGCUCAGGUAUCGCUCUAACGACUCCACCGCCCUGUGGAUGCCCAGCACCACGCACCACCCAGCGAUGGCCUUUUUAUAUGUACUAUCCCUGGAGAACGGCACCACCCUACAGAAAAGCCGGGUGACUGACACAGAGCUGCAUCUCCCGGGGCUGGAGGAAGGAAAGACCUACGCUCUCGAUGUGUGGGAGGAAUGUGACGGACAGUGGGAGUCGGAACAUUCUCAUGUGUGUUUCGAGGCAGCUAAUUCAUCCUUAGAGUUCUUUGUGAGGGCUGUUGGACAUGCUCUGGACCAAGAGCUGGAGUUUGAAAUUUCCAGCAUGGGUCUCACAAUGAUCGUGCCGUGGUCACUGCCUGAGGAUCUGCAGGAUGACGUGUCAGAACCAAGAGCUACAAUGGGGAAGAUUUUCAAAGAUAGGCUGCAGGAGCUGUUGAAAGACUUUGAUCAGCCAGCCCGCAUUGAGCUGGACACCGUUGAACCUGCAGAUGAGCCAGACAGAACGGAGAUUCUGUUUAUGUCUUUUGAUGCAUCCAAUACUGAAGAAGACGUGCCCCUGCCUGUUGAAGAUCAGCUGGAUUACAUUCGCUCCCUGAAUACAACCAACAUCACAGUGAAAGAUGGCGUCAUUCACUGGGACGGUCCAGAUCUGUGUGCUUCCUCCAGCCAAACUCCGUGUCCCCGUAACUCUCUGUGCAUCAACACUCUGGGCUCCUACACCUGUGUGUGCCAACAUGGCUACUACGAUGUGAGCUCCGUCUUCGAGCCUCCUGUGGCUUCACAUCCAGUCUGUGAUGAAAAAGGUCUUUUCAGCCAGUGUCUGGGUAAACUGGUGACUGGUGGAAUAGCAAAACCCUACCUGACUGCUCUCGUGGGGGGAAAGGUUGAUGUGAAGCUGAACGACGGGCGGUGCGCUGUGGAUGAGAGGGGGAUGUUCUACUUCUUCCGCGCCUCACGAAAAGCCUCCGAAUGUGGAACCGAGAGGCGGGUCAACAAAACCCACAUUGAGUUCCAAAACACCCUGACUGUGACCUUGACCAAAGAGCAAACCAUCAGCCGACGGGAUCUAAAAGUCGUCUUGAAGUGUGUCUACCCACGACAUUAUGUUCGCAACACUCAAGUCAGCGUGGACGUGGCGUGGCUCUCCUCCCUCUCCCUGGUGGAGUUUAGUUCAUCGCUGCAGCUGGGCCUGAGCAUGACCCUGUUCACUGACAGCUCAUACACCCACAGCCACAGGGAUGCCAUAGCCCUGGAGCUUGAGGACACCCUGUUCUUCCAGGUAGCCCUGCAGACCAACAACUCUCUGGCUUCAGACGUGCUCCUGCAGGUGGAGUCAUGCUGGGCCACCGAGAGCACCGACCCACAGGACACAGUCCAGGGGGUUCUUCUUCAGGAUGGCUGUCCUGUUGACCCCACAUUCCACUGGCUCUCUGUUAACGGCCGGGAACAGAGAAGCAGAUUUUCCAUUCAGAUGUUCACCAUGCCCAAAGGGUUGCCCAUCUACAUCCACUGCCUGGCCAACAUAUGUGGACAUGAUGAAGACUGUGCAAAGAAUUGCCCCAGCCAGCAGCGCAGCAAGAGGUCAGUGAGCCAGAUGGACCAAAGGAGGAAACAAGCUGCUGUUGUCUCUGCUGGACCUCUGGUGGUCAACAAGAGGGGGGAGUCGGGAGUCCCACCGUCUUACUGGACAGAGCACAUGACAAUGAUCUCCAUUGUAGCCGGAUCUGUAGGCUUUUUGGGACUAACCGUUCUCUCAGUGAGUGCAACUAAAGCAAUCAUGACUUACUAUGAACAACUACGGCGCCAAUAAAAUGUUUGGAACACCA